ACCACAAGGACCUCCUUUGAGCAAUCGGUUUGCUCAGCCCUUACAUUGCUCAAUCAGCAGGUUAUUUUGAAUAUAAAAUGACCGCUGUGUGAUGGAAACAUUAUUCUCAGUGAACCUCCAUCCAGAGCAUCAGAUAUCUCAGAACAGUCUGAAAGAUGCGUCUGUUUCUAGCAUUCAGUGUUCUUCUUCUGGGAACAUCUUUGACCAGCUCACAUCCAACCCCAGAUGAGGAUUUGAAAGAAAGAGUGCACAGUUUGGAAGAAAGUGUAAAACGUUUGGAAAUAAAAUUGGACACAGUUACAAAUGCUUUCUUUACAGUCCAUAAAGCUCGCAGUUUUGGAACUGGCAGUGAAAGGUUAUACACCACAAAUCUGGGUGAAGGGGACUUCGAAACGCUCAGUGCCACCUGUCUCACAGCUGGCGGUCACGUUCCUUCUCCAAAGAAGGAGGCUGAGAACAACGCUUUGCAGAGUGUGUUGAAGAGGCAUGAGAAAUCCGCCUAUGUUAUGGGCGACAAUUCUGCCGGAUACACAAACUGGGCAGCUGGAGAACCAAACAACUCUGACGGAACUAAGAGCUGUGUGAAAGCUGACAAAGAGGGGAAGUGGCACUCCACAUCAUGUGGAGAGAAGCUCUUGAUGGUUUGCGAAUUUUCCUUUAUCCCCUAACUUCAGAACCAGUGUUGGAUGAGGAGGACCUAGGUUCAAAGUCUCACCCUCUGGGUGACUCUCAACCUAACCUACCUUGCUGUGUUGUGAGGAUAACAUUGGGAAGUCCCCAUGUAUACUUCCUUGAGCUUCUUGGAGGAAAGAUGGAAAGUAAAUGAUUGUGAUAAAUAAAAGGCAUUGCUUGAGCU